CGUUGGUAAUACAUAUGUACAGCUAUAUUGUAUGCGAUUUGUGUUGUGCACGUGGAGUCCCAUUUAGAUGCGAAGUUUAUUCGUUUUUACUUGUAAAUUGAAAAUUAACUGUACAUAAAGAAUGAAUUUAAUUUACUGUGAUCUUGUUACUUUAUAAUGUAUUUAUAUGUAAUAUUGUGUUUUUUACGUAUGUAAACCAUCACAUCUUCCUGCGUGAAAAAUUCCGAAUAGGUUCUAAACAUUUCGUUUAUCAAAGUUCAUGUUGCAAGUAUGAGCUUUUGUAUAUAUGAUUCAGACAUUGCUCUGUGUACAAACGAGCAAGUCGUGAUAUACAAUCUUGAAAAUGGUAUGGAUAAAACGAUCCAUUUACCUGAACUGCAAACGGAUAAAAAGAUUGAUUUACACAAUAAUGUAACUAUGGAAGCAUUCCAUACUCUAACAAAUAUGACAUUCUCAAAUGAUGGGAAAUAUUUUUUUGUUUGUACGAAUCGCAAACAAUUGUGCCUCUACGAAAGAAAAGAUCAAAAUCUUUUAUUUAAUCGGACACUAGCAAGAGCAGCUAGCAAAGUACGAUUUACACCUAGUAAUGAUAUAGUUGUUGCGGAUAAAACAGGAGAUGCUUAUCUAUUUCCAAAUAAUAAAUCUGACAAUGCAGUGCUAUUGUUGGGGCAUUUGUCGAUGUUGCUUGAUGUACUGAUUACAGAAGAUGAAAAAUAUAUUAUUACCACGGAUAGAGAUGAGAAGAUCAGAGUAUCAAUGUUUCCGAAUUCAUAUAAUAUUGUGUCCUAUUGUUUAGGGCAUAAAAAAUUUGUAACAAACAUUUUAGAAUUGCCUCAUGACAGAAGCAUUUUGGUGUCUUGUGGUGGAGAUGGUGUUUUUAUUUUAUGGGACUAUAGAAAUGGAAAGGAAUUAUUGUCUGUUGACUUUUGCGAUAAAAUACCUAAAGCUGAUAUUGAUAACUUUAAUCAAAAGCUUCGGGAUUGUCAUUUAGAUGAAACAGUAGAAAUAUUACCUGUUAAACAUUUAAGACUUUUUGCGCUUAAUGCUACAUCAUCUUUAUCUGUGAUGAGCUUUUAUGAUAACACAUUGUUAUUGGUUUACAUCAUUAAUGGCACCAAAGAAUCAAAAUUUGAAGCUACAUAUAUUCAGUCUAUAGUUCUAGAUAAUGAACCUAUAGAAUGUCAUUUUUAUAAAGGAAAUUUGUGGAUACUAAAUGAAGUAGGCUUUCAAGUAUAUGAAUUUGAACAAAAUAAUUUCGUACUCAGUGACGCAACAAACUGUAAAUUAAAUAAAUUAAAUAAUAUUUGGCAAAUGUUGAGGAAAGAUUCAAUUAAACAAAAUUUAUUUCCAAUUUUAUAUAAAAGAAAGUAUGAUAAUGUACAAGAAUAUCUGGAAAGGAAAAAAACACGUCUUUCAAAUAUUACUGAAUAAUAUUUGCCAUUCAAGAAAUCACGUCUUUUCGUAAUGGACGAAUUAAGCUGAAUUGUACAGUCUGUGACAUUAAACCUUACCCAAUGAAUUCACAUUAUCAAGCAAAUAUUUCUAUUAUAAAAUACAAAUAGUAUUACAAUAAAGUAAAUUCGUUUUAUUGAACCACACAUUCGUUAAUGAGUAAUCAAUCGUGUUUUAAAGUUAAUAUAAUCAAUAUAUUCCAAUUAUACUGGCUUAUAGUCUAAUUUCGAUUCAAGUUUCUUGUUGUCUGAGACCUUCCUUACAGCCUUCAUGAAGUCUUCUUGCACUACAUAUUCUCUUUCUAAUCUUAUUGCGAACAAUCCUGCUUCAGUACAGACAUUCCUCAAAUCAGCUCCAUUGAAUCCAUCAGACAGCUUAACUACUGCUUCAUAAUCUACAUCAAAUUGAAAGCAUUAGUAUGCUAUACAUAUAAUAAGAAGAAACUUGCAAAAUAAUUUCUUACCAAUUUCUCCAUGCUUAGAUACAGGUGCGGCAUGAAUUUUCAAAAUUUCCAAACGUGCUUGUUCAUUAGGCAGUGGUAUCUCAAUUUUUCUGUCUAAUCUACCAGGUCGUAAUAAAGCUGGGUCCAAAGUGUCUGGUCUGUUUGUUGCCAUUAUCAUUUUAACUUGACCCAAAGAAUCAAAACCAUCCAUUUGAUUUAAAAGUUCCAUUAAGGUUCUUUGAAUUUCUCGAUCAGCACUUGUACCUUCAGAAAAUCUGCGUCCACCUGUAUAGUAAAAAUGAAUAAUAUUAUAAAAUCAUUGUCUUAUUAUUUUUGUAAAUUAUAAUGUUGGUACCAAUUGCAUCAAUUUCAUCCAUGAAUAUAAUGCAAGGCUGAUGAUCCCGUGCAUAGUUAAACAUCUCUCUAAUCAACCGUGCUGAUUCACCAAUAUAUUUAUCAACAAUAGCACUUGAUACUACUUUCAAGAAAUUUGCAUCUAAUUGGCUGGCAACUGCUCUAGCCAAUAAUGUUUUUCCAGUUCCUGGAGGACCAUACAAGAGGCAUCCUUUUGGUGGUGUUAUGCCCACUCUUUGAAAUAAUUCUGGAUUCAGUAAUGGUAAUUCUAUAACUUCUCUUAAUUCUCUUAUUUGUUCACUCAAACCACCAAUUACAUUAUAUGUAACAGCACCAGGAUCUUCAUGAGACAUGUUGUAUACUAAUGGAUCCACCUAUGUACAUUAAUUAAUAUAUACAAUUUAUAUUAAUUUCAUUCUUAUAUAAAUAU